AUGUCUAAUUUAUUGCACUGGUCACCGUCUUCGUUUUACGAUCGCUCUCGGUCUCUAACUGCUGAGGUUGGGGACGGACAGGUAAUAAAACAAACAUCUCGGAUAUUAUAUUUAACCUUUCCUCAGAUUUAUUGCCAAGCAGUCGUCCAAACGCUGAUUGGUGAUCCGUUUAAGGGAUGGCAUUCCAGUAUGAUGGGGGAAUUAGUAUUGUACAGUUACCAUGCAAAGACAGAGCACGAAAAAAACGAUAUUUUCCUUUCUUUCUUUUCUUCUGAACGAUGCCGAUUUAUCAUCAAAAUGUAAGAAGAUGAUUCUCAUAUACGAUGACAGGAAGGGCAUUCUUUUAGGAGUGAUGGGGCCAGAUUUUGGAAGACAAAGGCCAACUUUUUAGUAAUCCAGCAUGGCCAAUUGAUUGGAUUCAACUUUUGCGUCGAACACUUGCACAAAGUCAGCCAGCUGGUUAAACACAUGCAUGGUAGGAUCUAUAUCUUAUGGGCUCCUCGAAGGGCAUCCCAAUCAAAUUCAUAUGUAUUAUAUAUUGUCUUAAAAAUAUCAGAAGAGAAAGGAGACAAAAAGCAAGCACUGAGUGCAGGAUUGCUUUUUAAAUUUUGCAAGUAGUACUGUGACAAAAUCGUUGCAGGUUCGAUGCCAUUAGCGCUGUCGAGUCGUUUCCUGCGCGUGAUUCAAAACACGAUUCAUCAUCUUCAUGUCAGACCAACCAAAAAAGAAGAGAAAGAUGAACUGGCCCAGAGAAUCAUUCCGAGAAAUGGCCAAGAAGGUGUUAAGGACAGCCCCGACCCUGUUCGGGAGCCCCGCGCUUUUCUCCAUCGUGUCACUUUGGCCGAUUCUGACGAUAUUUGA